AUGGCCCUCCAUUCGUUGCCAAUGAUCACUGGUGGCAGUCCGCUCCUUCACCUACCCAACGACCUUCUCGACCACAUUGUCUCCUACCUCACCCGCCCGGAUCUUCUGACCCUUCGUCUCGUCAGUCAAGCCAUCCAUUUCCGCACCAGUGACCGGACAUUCCGGACCUGCUACUCUAUAGUACGCGGCGCCUUCUGGAUGCCUUACUCUCUGUACAACUUACGCGCCAUCCUCAGGCACAAGAAACUCAGCACCUGGGUCGACUGUGUUGGUAUCCAUGUCGAUCGACUGCUUCUUGCCGAAGAUGACCAGGUGCAGCAUUGCGAUAAGGGAUGCUCGAACGAUGCGGUGCUUCGCGAAGAGUACAACGCUUUCGUAACCGAUAUGCAGCACCAGGCCGGGGACGGGGGCGCGAUUGCAGCAUACUUGGACGAAAUAUUCACACUCUACGCUGAAAAGUGCGCCCAGCGAUCCGACAUCCCUAGCAUCCACAUCGUCGACCAAGAACACGACCUCACGAUCGCGCGACAGAUAGACGGUGUUGAAGAUAACGCGGCAUUGCCACUGCGAUUGCUUGAGAAGAAAUAUGGCAAGCUCGUGACCUACCAUGACAAGCUUGACUGCUCCGCCGAGAUCGCCCUCAUCCUCAGUCGCAUAGACGCAGCAGGUCUCUCUCCCGGGUACCUCCAGAUCGGCAGCAAUACCUUUGGCGUCCCGAUCAAGAUGUUUCGUCCUCCCUCGGUCUUCAAUGGCGAUAGUCGCGUUUUUGCCUCUAUCAACGAGCUGCACCUCAAUGUGCAGGGGACACCACCAGUCGAGGCCGACGCAGCGAUGCGAGACAAAGACGUCGAGCACGCUGCCGAUUUCUGGCGAGCAGUUGGUGCGCGCAUUCGCCGACUCGUCUGGGCCUCACAGCUCAACGAUCUGGACUCCGAUAAGGCGGGCGACGCGCUCUAUAGCAGCGAUCUCGUGCUCGAACGCCUUCACAGGGACGCGGCCACGGUCUUCCCCAAUCUACUAUACUUGUACUUCCGCCUGCUCAUCUUUAGCGAUUCGGAGAGACUACUGUGA